CCUCCAUCCAAGUAUCCAACGAAGAACCGUCGAAAUUAAAUAAAAUUAGCUCCUUUCAGUCCUUCGCAAUCCUUUUCAUUCACGGGUCAAAAGGAAUUUUGGACACAAAGACACAAACCAAAAACUAUGUCAUAAAUCCUUGACUUCCUCCACUCAAAGUAAAGAUAAAUUGAUAAAAUAUUCACAAAAUUCUGCCCAUUAACUCCUUUAUACCGGCAUCCACGUUCAUCAACACUCUCUUCCUUCAAUCAAUCAACCAAAUCCAAAAAGAAGAAGAAACAACCCACAAAAAUGUGUACAUAUUUUGAGAUUUAGAAAUGUGGGUAAUGAAGGUUUACCAGAAAUAGCAGAGAAAUUAAGAGUCGUUGGACAUUUUUUUGAUGCUUGUUCACAAUGCUUAUUAGCCGUCUGCUUGUUCUUUUGCUCCUCAUCUUCCUUUCUACUUGUUCAAUUUCUCAAGCAAAAGGGCCAUAUGCUUUGAGAAUAAGCUGUGGAUCAAGGAGGGACGUCCGCUCUCCGCCAACUAAUACACUGUGGUACAAAGAUUUUGCCUAUACGGGAGGAAUACCUGCCAACGCUACACGGACUAGUUUUAUUACCCCUCCACUAUCCACCCUUCGUUAUUUCCCUUUAUCCGAGGGCCCAGAAAACUGUUACAAUAUUAAUCGCGUGCCUAGUGGACAUUAUCUUGUGAGGAUAUUUUAUGGUUUGGUAGAUGAUCCGAACUUUGACAACGAGCCUUUGUUUGAUGUUUCUGUAGAGGGAACUCUGGUGGAUUCUUUGAGCGCUGGAUGGAGUAAUCAUGAUGAUGAGCGUUCGUUUACUGAAACCAUUGUCUUUCUUACUGAUGGUACUGUAUCUCUUUGUUUCCACAGUACGGGUCAUGGUAAUCCAGCAAUUCUCUCUAUUGAAAUCCAACAGGUGAAUGACAAUGCUUACAAUUUUGGCGCACAAUUUGGCAAAGGAUCAAUUCUAAAAACAGUCAACAGGUUUAGCAGUGGGCAAGGGAGGGCAAAGUUUGGUGAAGACUAUGGGGGUGACCCGUGGGGUGGGGAUAGGUUUUGGAAUGCACUGCCAACUUUUGGCCAAAGUUCUGAUAAGCCUAUAUCUAUCGAGAGUCGUAUCAAGAAAAGUUCAAUUGCUCCAAACUUUUAUCCACAAGGUCUUUACCAAUCAGCUUUAGUUAGCACUGAUGUUGAUCCUGAGUUAACUUAUACAAUGGAUGUGGAGCCUAAUAGUAAUUACUCCAUUUGGUUACAUUUUGCUGAGAUUGAUCCUUCCAUCACCAAAGCAGGACAAAGGGUCUUUCAUAUUUUGAUAAAUGGUGAUGUUGCAUUCAAAGCAGUAGAUGUUGUUAAAAUGAGUGGGGAUGUGAAAACUGCAUUAGUAUUGAAUACAACUGUUCCAAUCGAUGGUCGGACUUUGACAAUCAUUUUGAAGCCCAUCAAUGGAAGUCAUGCGAUAAUCAGUGCCAUUGAAGUUUUCCUGGUUCUUGCAGCUGAAGCAAAAACUUCAAGUGCUGAAGUUAGUGCUUUGCAAUCACUUAAAAAGGCAAUGCAACUUCCUCGUCGUCUUGGGUGGAAUGGUGAUCCAUGUGUCCCACAGCAACAUCCGUGGAGUGGAGCAGAUUGCCGUUAUGAUAGUGCUAAAAAAAGAUGGUACAUUGACGGACUUGGUCUUGACAAUCAGGGUUUGCAUGGUUUCCUCCCUCGAGAUAUAUCAAAGCUGAGUCAUCUGCAGAGCAUUAACCUUAGUGGAAACAGCAUUCAUGGAUCUAUUCCGUCAAGCCUGGGGUCCAUUACCACCUUGGAAAUUUUGGAUGUUUCUUACAAUUUUCUGAACGGCUCGAUUCCAGACACUCUUGGACAGUUACAUUCAUUACAAAUACUAAAUCUCAAUGGAAACAAGCUGUCAGGAAGAGUUCCAGCUGCUCUUGGUGAAAGAUUGUUACACAGAGCCAGCUUCAAUUUUACUGAUAAUGCAGGACUUUGUGGUAUACCAGGCCUGCGUACAUGUGGGCCUCAUCUUUCUCCUGGCGCUAAAGUAGGCAUUGCCCUUGCUGUGUUCAUAGCAUUACUUUUGAUUGUUGGAUGUUCAAUCAUUUGGUGGAAAAGGCGGCAGAAUAUCCUCAGGGCUCAGAAAUUGGCUGCUAGAGAAGCACCCUAUGCAAAGAAGCGAACCCAAUUUUCGCGGGAUGUGCAAAUGACAAUACAUAAUCAAAGUUCUAGGACUGCUUCUGAGAAUGGCCCUAUAUUGUUAUCUUGAAUAGCAGGGUAGCAGUGUUCCUGGACCUGAUACAGGUAAUUUAUCCAUUCUUCUGCAAAGAAAUUCAGAGAUAUGAAGCGGCAGCUUUGUUGUUCCGAUAAAACCGGCAGCCAUAUUUUUCGAAGCAGCUCUGCUCUGAGAACCUUUCAACUGGGAGAGCUUAUCGAGAAAUAUCGAUAUCUGGUGAACAUUGUAAAUUUGGAGCAUCUUGUAUAUUUCUUCAUUUCAUUCUUCCCAUGGUUUUUGGCAGAGCAAGUGUAACACUAUAGAAAAUGUGAUAGGUAUAGCAAUCUUCAGAAAGAAAAUAGUUGGAGACGGGACGGGACGUUACGUUCGUUCCUCUCGAGCUAAAGUUCUUGAAGUGUCAUUCGAUACGAAAUAGAUCGGCUUUACGGAGCAGGAACGUGUAGUAGUACUUUCCUUGUAUAAUUCACAGCCUCAAGGGAAGAUUUUGAUGAUUGUUUUGUAGGAUAGUUUAAAAAUAAACAUGUUCUCAUAGUCUAUAAUUGUAGGAUCAAAGCCCUUCAAGAAAUUUUGAUGAGUUAAUUGCUUACACAACUGCAGUAAGAUCGAUCAAUUUGUUUCGGGUCA